AUGGAGGAGCAGGAUAAAGAUGAAGGGCCCGGCGUGCCCGAUAUGACGAUGAUGCCGCUGAUCACCGAAGACGCCAUAAAUGAAAAUCUCAAGCGGCGAUACAAACAUGACCUCAUAUACACUUAUACAGGUUCGAUUCUGGUUGCAGUCAAUCCGUACAAGGAACUAGGAUGUUACAGUUUCGAAGAUAUGCAGAACUAUCGCGGGCGAGCAUUUGGAAGUCUUCCACCACACGUCUUUGCUUUGGCUGAAUCUGCGUAUAGUUCCUUACAGAACGGUGAGAAAAAUCAAUCUGUAGUAAUAUCAGGCGAGAGUGGUGCAGGCAAGACGGAGACAACGAAAUUGAUUCUGCAGUACCUUUGCGCGGCCGGCGGACAAGCCUCCUGGGCGGAACAGCAGAUUCUCGAGGCCAAUACUGUUUUAGAAGCAUUUGGUAAUGCGAAGACGGUUCGAAACGACAAUUCUUCUCGUUUCGGAAAGUUCGUUGAAGUGCGGCUCGAUCACAGAGGUGGGAUAAAAGGUGCAGUUUUAAGGGACUUCUUACUGGAACGGGCGAGGAUAACUGGCCCGGCACCUAGAGAAACGAACUACCAUGUGUUUUACCAACUCGUUGAAGGAGCCAGGCAUAAUGCGGAACUCAAGAACAUCUUACGGCUUCGUGACACAGUUCAAUUUAAAUAUCUUCGGCCGGAAGACGAAGAAGCGCAAAAGGGACGCGGAGGAGAGCAGGGCAAGCUGGAAGCGUUGCAACUGGCUUUAACUGUUCUGCAAGUUCCACCGCACAUGUGCGAGGGGCUAUUUAAAGUACUGGCAGCUGUUUUGUGGCUGGGGAAUAUACAAUUUCAGGACAUAGAUGGUGAGCGUACAACUCUCGCCCCGGAAGAUGCGGAAGCAGUCGAUGCAGUUGCAAAUUUGCUAGGAUUAGCUCCACCUACUGCUCAGCGAGUUUUGUUAGAAAGACAGAUCAACGUGCGGGGAAAUGUCACGGAUAUACCUUUCAGAUUGCACGAGGCUCGCGAAAACCGACAUGCUAUGGCGCGAGCCCUCUACUCUAGAACAUUUGCUUGGCUGGUCCGCCAUGUGAACAGUUGUUCAGCGCCAGGUCGUGAGGCAAGACGAGCUUUGGGAGUCCUAGAUAUCUUCGGCUUCGAGAACUUCGCGUCGAACUCCUUGGAACAACUUUGCAUUAACUACGCAAAUGAGAAACUUCAUAUGUUCUUUAAUAACUAUGUAUUUGCGCUUGAACAGGAAAUUUACAGACAAGAAGGCAUCAAAUACAGUCAAAUACAAUUUACUGACAAUGCUGCGUGUCUAGAACUACUCGAAAAACCACCGAGAAGUCUUCUCAAACUGCUAAGUGAACAAUGUCACAUGCCUAAGGGAUGCGACAGCGCGUAUCUAACCAACAUCCAAGGAGAAUUCGGCGAACACCAAACAUUCGUGAAAGGGUCCCGUAGAAAAUGGGAAGAAGAGUUUGGUGUGCAGCACUAUGCGGGCACAGUCACUUACAGCGUCCAGGGCUUCGUCGAUAAAAACAGAGACACCCAGCAGGACGCUUUCAUCGACCACUUGAGUCGUUCAGCGAAUCCGUUCGUUCGUGAGCUUGCUGAUUAUGUACAGGACUUGGCACCACCUGGACAGGAUGUGCAUCUAUCAAGUCCCGGGUCAACAAGUACGACGCAACGUGGUACUUCAAAAGGCAGACCGACUGUUGUGGAUACGUUCCGUGCUCAACUACAGUCUUUGGUCGAUAUGUUACAAGUUACAGAUGUUUGGUACGUCCGAUGUAUCAAACCAAACGAGAACAAAGUGGCAGGGAAGUACAAUGAGAAACUAGUGUUAGAACAACUCCGCUACUUGGGGAUGAACGAAAUAGUUCGCAUUCGUCGCGAUGGGUACCCGGUUCAUUUACCGGCACCGCUGUUCCGCGCUCGGUAUCGAUGUCUUUUGCCUCAUCCACGACCGUUCGAGCCGGAUAUCACGGAUAUAAUGUCACUAGUGAAUGCACCGGUAGACGACUGGCAAAUCGGACACACGAAAAUUUUUAUGAGAAGCUCAGUUCACGGACCGCUCGAAGCUAAAAGAACUGCCUUAUUGCAAUCAUCAGCAUUGUUAAUACAGAAGUGGUACAAAGGUUCAAUAUCGCGUCGACAAUAUCUACAAUGGCGGAAAGCGGCUGUUGUACUCCAAGCAGCGUGGCGCGGCUGGUACGAGAGGACAGUCUUCUUGCGGCUGCGGCGAGCUGCCCUUACACUGCAGAGGCACUUAAGAGGCGCCUUCGCUAGGGAAGUUGCUGCUGCUUUGAGAGAAAUGAAGAGAGUCAAUCAAGAGAUCAAGUUGAGGGAAGAGAGAAACAGUCUAGCGGAAAAAGCUGAGCAAGAACGAGCAGAACUAGAAAGUAUGGCGGAGAAUCUUCGCGGUAUCUCAUGUUCUGGCGCUCGUACGGAGUCUGUGAACUUGGAUAACCUAUUCGACUUCCUCGCGGAUGUACCGGCACAACGAGGCGCGCCGGAUGGACAGCCAGCACAUCAACCCACUAUCAACGAGAUCGGUGAUUCGAUAGAGAGGCUAGCGGAUGACUUGAACCAAGAACUGGAACACGUUUUAGCUGAAGAGAUGAGUGAGCUAAGCAAACACACGGACGCGCAACGCAAACCAGAUGGGGCGCCAUCGGACGCUAUACCUCCCCCUCCCCCCAAUUCCCUCGCCUUGCACUCCAUUUUACAUCCAGCUACACCAGUCUCAUCCCUCACCAACGGAAUGGUCAAUGGAUCACCUGUCAAUAGUAUGACGUCAUCUAUGAAUGGUCGCAUACCGAACGGCGAUGCGAUGUCGUCAUCUCUUAUCCUCCCACCGCCCCCCAUGUCAGAGCCAUUGGUGGAAGGGUCGCCAUCGUUCCCUUCACCACCGCAGUGCUCACUGCCAGAACCCGCUGGACCUCCGCCACCCCCACCUAUUAAAGAUACAACCCCACCAGAACUAACCAACGGGAUAAUUCCGAAUGGCAAACUCACUGUGAUAAAGGACAAAGAGCCAAUCUACGAAUCGGUUAUACCAAGACCUAGUGACACUGAACCACCUAUCAUGUCGCCACCCCCACCACCACUUAAUCCACCUGUGAAUAAUAAUGGAUUGUCUAAUAAAACGCCUGACAUGGAACCGGAAGCGCCGCUGCCGCCAUUACCGAGUAACGUUACGUCACCGGAACAAGCGGAAACACCAUCAGUGACAUUAGACUCCUGCAUCAGCCCGCCACCCAUGUCUAAUGGAGACGCUAAUAACACAGACCGUAGCGCUCGAAGAAAAGAAAGAGUGGAAAGAAGGCUACAUCAGCUAGAAGCACCUCCAACUAUAGAAGCGUCAGUGGAUACAAGUGACCUAACAGAGUUCGCUAAACUGUACUUUAACGAUCAUCCAAGAUCACCGGAAGGCACAAUAAUGGCAACUUUGACACGCAAAAGCAAGUCAAUGGAGCUGCUGACCAAAGAAGAGAUGAUUACUUAUCAUAAAGGCAACAACAUUCCCACUUCGCACAUACAGCUUCACGACCCUGAUAGCAUCACAGCUGCUGUCAAUAUCUUUAGGGAUCUCUGCCGUUACAUGAGAGGAGAAUUGACAUCAGAAAAAGAAACCCAGGUGAUCCAAGCCAUCAUCGCUAAAGGUUUGGAGAGGGAGGAACUACGUGAUGAGAUUUUAGUUCAAUGUGUAAGACAGAUCACGGAAUGCCCCGUGGAAGAAUGGGCAGAGCGCGUUUGGCUCAUAUUGUGUUUAUGUGCGGUUGCCUGGCAACCGAGUCGUGGUCUAGCUCGCUAUUAUUGCGCAUGGUUGCGCAUGCGCGCUAAACCCGUAUUGGGAUCUCCCGGGGCUGGAUCCAUGACAUCUGUAGGUUCAGUUACAUCAAGCGCCCGAGCCUCUCAUUGUGCACAGUGGUGCUUGGACAACUGUCGUGGGGCAGCGCCGAGGCAACUGCCACCAAGUACUGUGGAAAUCGCUGCAAUGCGUCGUCUCGGAACCAUUGUAUGUCGCUUCUUCUUCCUGGAUGGUCGUACGAAAGCCAUCGAUGUACAUCCCGCUGACACGGCAGCAGCAGCAGCAGCAAGACUCGCGGAUAAACUGGGAUUGCCACCUAACGCCAGGGCUGGAUGGGCUGUGUAUCAACAACGGGCUAGCACUGAGGAGCACGUCAGAGCCACACAGUAUCUUUACGACGUAAUUGCUGCUUGGGAAAUGCAACAAGGGCCCGGCGGUGGUUCAGCUGACAACCGCUUUGUAUUCAAACGACGGUUAUUCCGUGGCGGUCGGGAGCUUCCUCACGAUCCGGUAGAGGUCGCUUUACUCUACGCACAAGCUGUACACAGUGUUGUUAAGAUGGACGAAUUUCCAGUCUCCGAGAAAGUGGCAUUACAACUUGCUGGUCUACAAGCACAAGUGUCUCUGGGCGAGCCAGCUGCAAGUCCUCCACCCCCUCAUACACGGGCUUAUUACUCUCACCCUGAACAGUUUCUGCCACCUCGCAUUGCCAAGACUAGACCAGCUCAUCAAUGGGCGACAAUACUAGCCCAAGCCCAUAGACAAUACGGCGCGGGGAGGGCGGAACUCACGGCCAAAGCUUUAUACUUGUCCUGUGUAAUGCAAUAUCCUUUAUACGGUGUUACGUUAUUCCCGGUCACUUACAAAGGAUACUGGGCUCACGGUCCAAAUGUUUUAUUGGGAGUUGGAUCUGAAGGCGUUGUUCUUGUGCGGCCAGCUGACAAAGUGGUGUUAGCUGAAUAUCCCUAUUCAAACAUAGCGGCUAUUCUGAUGGACCCGGUUGACAAUGGACUCACACUCAGUUUGACACACCAUGGCCAACACGACGGUCUGAGGUGUAUUGUACUAGAAUGUGCUCAAAAGCAAGAAGCUGCUUGGUUAAUGGCAGCAUACAGCCCCACGCUCAGUAACAGCCUCUCAGAAGAACCACCGAGACGUGCGGCGCCUGUGAGCGAACGGACACGACUAGCUGGUGCACUGCGGUCCGCAAGACGAGCGCUUGUCGAUGGCGGCCUAUUGAGAAGACCACCGGACCUAUCCGCUGGCGGUUUCUUAAGAAAUACUCUGAGAAGACUAAGCAAGCAUCGAUUAGAACGAGUCAGACUGGAUAUAUCAGCGGAAUCUCAAGGCGAGAGUUACAAAGGUUUUCCAGCUGCGUACUGGUGUUGGGCGCGGACGUUACCGCAUUCGCUGACGAAGCUUAAUGAAGCUGAAGAAGUAGCUGCCAUGCAAAUAUUUAAGGAUAUCAUGAGCCACGCGGGAUUAAGUAGUAACGAAGGUAGCAACAACAACUUAGCAAGCAACAGCAGUGUGAGCAGUCACGAAAGCGACAGCGACGAUCGAGUUGCGCUAGCGCAGGCCUUAUUACAACGCUGUCUACAAAAGGAUACGUUACUCUGCGAACUUUAUAUGCAACUUAUUAAACAAACCACUGAUCACCCCGAGCCUAGUUCUCGUGUAUCAGCUCGCCACUGGGCACUCUUGUGUGCCGCGGUAGGAGCCGCCCUGCCUCCAGCUAAGCCAUUACGGAGGCUUCUAUUGGCACACCUGAGAUAUCGGGCUGCCGCAUUACAUACAGGCGAGGAAGGGAAAUUCGCAAGACGGGCAGAGCAGGUCGCCCUAAGCAUAGCGCAAGUACCGCGACGCGUUGCGGCGCCUUCGAAAGAAGAGUUGUUAUGUGCUGCUGCACGACGACCAAUGCACGUUCGGGUGUUAUUACUUGAUGGGAAACAGCAUGGACUGGUCUUCGGGCCGGCGGCGACUGCUGAUCACCUUGUCGCUAUGUUGAGAGAGAAGAUUGGUCUCACUGAUACCGCUACUGGUUACGCUCUAUACGAAGUGUGCGCGAACUCAUCACCAGCGGGUACGGGUGAACGUGCACUUGGUGGCGCAGAACGAGUUGGUGACGUGCUCGCGAGAUGGGAGAAAGCUGGAGCCACUGCUGCUGCUUGCAGACUCGUAUUCAAAAAGCGACUGUUUCUCGGCGAGAGGCCACUACACAGCGCGUGCGGGGCUGAAAUGGAAUUACUGUACUACCAAUUAUUGCAUGCUGUGAGACACGACCGACUGCCCAUAGAAACUGACGAGGCUGUGAUGGUAGCAGCGCUCCACGCGCAAGUAGUAAAGGGGGAAUGCACGGGAGGAGAAGAAUGCCUAGCAGCGGCUGGUGCGGUGCUCCCGCCGCGGCUCACUCCCUCCCUGCCUGCACCUGCUAUCCGUUUACACCAUCUAGCUCUGCGGGGAACACCACCACACGCAGCCAUGCAAAGGGCGCUUACUCUAGCCGCAUCUUGGCCACUCGCAAGAGCAACAAUUUUCGAUGUCAUGCAAUCAUUUACGUCGAACUGGCCCCGUGCUCUAUGGCUCGCGGUAGACGCGCGAGGCCUCACUCUCUUAAGGCGAGGGUCGCGAGCAGCUCUGGUAUCGCACGACCAUGACCAGCUCUUGGCCGUAUCCCCAGCGCCACGAGCUUUAUUACUUGUGACACGCGCGGAGAAAAAACACGCUAAACUUGUGCUGUCUACUGAUCAGGCUUAUCAGAUCGCGACACUCAUCAAGGACUAUAUAGAAGCCGUGCGGGGUCCAGUGUGCCCCGCAGUACCCCAGCCGGGCGGAAUCGCUCCACCAGCAGCCGCUUCCUGA